CCUUCCCGCACCCGGGAGCGCCAGUGCACGGUGUCUUCUGCGCCUCCCGUUACCAGAGGCCCCGCGCCCGCAGGUUUCCAGAGUGCCCCCGGCCUCCGCCGGCUCCCUAAAGUCCCGGCGGAGAGCGCGUCUUCCUCCGUCCCCCGGCGCCAUGGCCGCCACCGACGUGUCCACCAAUCUCCAGGAGGAGGCCACCUGCGCCAUAUGCCUCGACUACUACACGGACCCGGUGAUGACAGACUGCGGCCACAACUUCUGCCGCGAGUGCAUCCGGCGCUGUUGGGGCCAGCCCGAGGGCCCAUACGCUUGCCCCGAGUGCCGUGAGCUGUCCCCGCAGCGGAAUCUGCGGCCCAACCGCGCUGUCGCCAAGAUGGCGGAGAUGGCGCGACGCCUCCACCCGCCGUCACCUGUCCCGCAGGGCGUGUGUGCUGCGCACCGCGAGCCGCUGGCGUCUUUCUGCGCGGACGAGCUGCGCCUGCUGUGCGCGGCCUGCGAACGCUCUGGGGAGCACUGGACGCACCGCAUACGCCCGCUGCAGGACGCAGCCGAGGACCUCAAGGGCAAGCUGGAGAAGUCCCUGAACCACCUGCAGAAGCAAAUGGAGGAUGCACUGCUGUUCCAGGCCCAGGCAAAGGAGAUCUGUGCACUGUGGCAGAAGAUGGUAGAGACCCAGCGGCAGAACGUGCGCACAGAGUUUGAGCGGCUGCGCUGCCUACUGGUGGAAGAAGAGCGACGGCUGCUGCAGAGGCUGGAAGAGGAGGAGCUGGAGGUGCUGCCCCCACUGCAGGAGAGUGUUGCACGCCUUGGGCAGCAGAGUGCCCAGCUGGCUGAUCUUGUCACUGAGCUGGAGGGGCGCUGCCAACUGCCAGCGCUGGGACUGCUACAGGACAUCAUGGACACCCUACACAGGGUCCAGGAUGUGAAGCUGCAGCCGCCCGAGGUGGUGCCCAUGGAGAUGAGGACGGUGUGCAGGGUCCCAGGGCUGGUGGAGGCCCUGCGGAGGUUCCAAGGGGACAUUACACUGGAUCCUGGCACUGCCAACCCUGAGCUGGUCCUGUCGGAGGACAUGCAGAGUGUGCGGCGGGGGGACCUGCGGCAGCCCCUGCCCGACAGCCCCGAACGCUUUGACCCCGGGCCCUGCGUGCUGGGCCGGGAGCCACUGAGCUCAGGCCGCCACUACUGGGAGGUGGAGGUGGGUGAGCGGGCCAGCUGGGCUCUGGGUGUCUGCAGAGAGAAUGCCAACCGCAAGGAGAAGGGUGAGCUCUUCGCUGGCAAUGGGUUCUGGAUCCUGGUGUUCCUGGGUGGCUCCUACAACUCCUCUGAGCGAGCCUUUGCCCCGCUGCGAGACCCACCCCAGCGCGUGGGCAUCUUCUUGGACUAUGAGGCUGGGCACCUGGCCUUCUACAGCGCCACUGACGGGUCACUCCUGUAUGCCUUCCCCCAGACGCCUUUCUCAGGGACAUUGCGGGCCCUCUUCUCACCACUGUCCAGCAGCCCUACCCCCAUGACCAUCUGCAGACCCAAGGUGGGGCAUGGGAACAGGAUGGCUCCCCAGUGAACAGGCCUCUCAGGACCUUGUCCUGUCUUUGGCUCUUCAAGGUAUCCUGAGCCAUGCACAAGUUCCCAGUGCUGUCUUGCCUGCAUAGUAAAACCCCUCUCUAGUUCCCAGGAAGCUCUGUGCAAACGUGCAGGGCUCAUGACAUGUUCUAGGGGACCCUCUGUGACCAUCCUGUGUUGAGACUCCAAUCAGCAGCACAGAGCCUGAGCAAGGGUCCUGGGAGCUCUGCACAAUUCCAGCUGGUCAGAGGUGAGACACCAGGGCCUGUGGAACUUUCUGGGGUUUCAGCCUGAGCCUUUAACAGCCCCAGGGCUGCACCCGCAGAGAACUGCUGUACUGUGAGGUUGUAGGCUGGGAGGUGAACCAACAGUCUCAGGGUCUGGUCUUAGAAAAUAGUGCUGAGUGUGGCUACCUCAUUAAUUAGGAUACAGCAGUCCUCAGGAGAGGAGCGGGCAUGGGAAAACCCAGGGAAAGGGCACUUGGAGCAAAAAGUGCUGCACAAGGGGGCUGAAGAUCUUGGGUGCAGGAUCUCAAGCCCCUCAGCAUGGACCACCCCAGGCUUCUUCAGUGUGCUCCUUCCUGCCUCAGAGCUGAGCACUAGCUCGGGAAAGAUGCUCUGGCUCUGCCUAGGGAAGGGGUGAGGCUAGACCCUGCCGCCCGCCCCCACCACCCCCCCCACAAGAACCUGGGAUUUGUUUUGGCUUGUUUUGGUGCUUCUUCACACGAAGACAUGGUGCAGCAUCUUUGCACUCCAAGAUGAUUUUACCUGUUGUAAGGAUCACUCUCACAGUAAAUAAACUAACAUCUCGUCUGUGAUCCCACUGUUGUAAGGAGAGGGCAGGAGAGUCUGUGGCCAAGGCCAGCACUCACAGCACAGUUGGGGACACAACAGCUGCCUGGUCAUUUAAUGCAGCUACCACAGAACUCUUUUUCAAAUAACCUGACUGAAAAUUCUAGGUUCCAUGGUGUGCAAUAGCUAAUUCCUUGAUUAUUUAUUUACUGUUUCUCCCAUUGGACUUCAUUAUUUUAUGUAUGUACCACUUUGAGUGUCUUCACAAUUCAUUCAAAUUACGUAUAUGGGAGGUUUUUCUCUGUGGAGCCAGGAGUCUGCCACUUUUCUGUCUGGGGAAGUUUCCCCAUUCCUCUCCAGUUCACUGCCCAUAUCUUUCACUCCCAUGGAGCUGGGAUGGGGUUGAGAAUCUGAGGACAAUUGUUGGUUCCUGCCUGGAGCAAUAUUUGAACCUUAAAGUUGGGGACUUCCCAAAUGGCUACUGGAACCCACUCAGGAGAUGGGACAGCCGAGGGGUGAGAGCUCAUAGGACCACCCGAGAAUAGCAGGCCGGACACCUUGGCUGUGACCCUGGAGCAAAGCUGGACAACCGUGUGAGGGGAGGCAAAUACUCUCCGACCCAUGUGAUUAUUGUUUGUGGCCCUGUAAUAAAAGAUCAAUGAGAAAAACAAGUUUAUUGAUACAUGCACCUCAUGCACAUGGAGGAAACCCAGGGAAACUGAGUAACGUCAGCAGCAACUUAGCACUCUGGCUUCUACACUGUCUGUCACAGGAGGGUAGGAACGCUGGUUAGGGGGUUCUGUAGAUUUCCCAGAGUCAACUUAAUGCUGACACAGUCCUUCCUGGGGAGAGGGGGCACCACAUUUUAGGGAGGUAGGGCUUGCGGCUUCUCUACUGCUUCUUGUCAACUGCUUCUAGCCCAAAUGUUCCUGUUGCCAAACUGGGAUGUUUGGAGUAGAAUGCUCAGCCAUUCAUCACCAGGUGACAGAAGAAAUGAGCAUAUUUGAUGCCCAUCCACACAUGCUGAAUGCACUUUGCAUGUGUUCUACCUGCUGAGCCAGUGGGCCACAGGGUGGUCCUUCACUUUUCAGGGCACCACAGACCACAGUGAACAGAAAAGAUCCUGCCCACAGAGCUGAUAACUUCUCAUACUGACUAGGAAGAUGUGUCCCAACAAGCAGUGAGUCUCCAAUACUAACAAUGGGCAUUUCUUCAGUAUUGGUGAGCUUGUCCUACUUUAGUGGUGUCUUCACUAGCAGCUGGUGUUUCUUGCACCAAUAGCGGGUGUCCCUUAUACCAGCAGUUCUCAAACUUUGGCACCAGGGACUGUUUUCAUGACAGUUUUUUCUGUGGGAGGGGUGGUGUGGUUUCAGGAUGAUUCAAGCACAUUAUGUUCAAGCUGACCUGUGCAGUCCAGUUCUUAAUACACCCAGACUGGUGGCAGUCCAAGGCCCAGAGGGUGGGAACCCCCACCCUGCACUACCAGUGGGUGUCUCCUGCACUGGCAGUGGGUGAGUCCCACAGUGACAGGAGCUCUCAGGGGCUGUCAUGAGAAUCUCAAGGAAAAUAAAGUUGGAUGGAGGUAGGGAGCCAGAUGUCAGAUGUGGUCAGGUACCAGGGCUUCCAUCCCAUAAUUGCUCUCUAUGAGCCUAGAAUGGCCACAGGGGGGAGCCUGAGGAAAGCAGUUUAAAACGAGCCUUCUGGCCCUGGCUGAGUGGCCAGGUUAGUUGGAGAACCCCAUACACCAAAGGGUUGCAGGUUUGUUCCCUAUUUAGGGCACAUGCAGGAGGCAACUGAUAUUUCUCAAGUCAAUGAUACUUGCCCACCCCUCAGAAAUCAAUAAACAUAUCCUCAGGUAACAGUUUUUAAGUGAGCAUUCUGGGCAUGACAAGU